UGUGAAUCGCGUGGGACAAAAUUGCCUGCUGGGAUUAUUCACAAGAAAAUUGAAUUAAGGCUCUCUCGGGUGGAGAAAAAGAGUGAGGAGCUGGAUGGUGCCAGGAGAAAUCCGUGGGGCUUUCCCAACGCCCCCACGAGAGCGGAUGGCCCAGGUGUAUUUCCAGCAUCAGGCGAUGUAGCUGCUUUGCUUCCACUAGGGGGCCAUGGUUCACGUGUGCUUCUGCCACACAGGAAACCUGGAAGUGAAAGUAAGAAAGCAAACAGGGCACAGAUUAAGCGGUCUUUCCUUCCGAAUGCCUGCUGUGGGAUUCAGCGUCCUCCUGCUGCUGUUCUUUGCUCCUUUCCAGCCCAUUCAAGGUGAAGACCUCGGACCGCCUCAGAACAUCACUUUUGUCUCAGAGGAUUACAGUCUGUUCAUGAAAUGGUUGCCGCCUGAUGGUUCCCCGCCGGGAGUGUCCUAUACUGUCCUUUGGAUGGACGCUUUUGACCGUCAGUGGGAAGAAGUGCAGCAUUGCCGAAAUAUCACUGAAACCAUUUGCAAUAUUACGUGUGUGUUUCAAGAACCGAGCAACCGAUACUGGGUCAAGGUCUCUGCUCAAAGCAGAAUCGAAGGUGGAUUCAUCCCAUCGGCACCUGAAACCAUCGAUUACAUCCUUCAGGUGCAACUUGCUCCUCCAGUUCUCAAAGCAAAAUAUAACAAAAAUAUCCUUGUUGUGAACGUUUCUUUCACCUACCCUACUUGUAUGAAGGACGUCUUUGAGCAUCUGACAUACGAUUUGGAGAUUUGGAGAGGUGGAUUUCAGAAACUGGUGACAUUAGACAACAUUCACGACCCUUCAGUGGAGGUCAACACAACAGACUGGGUCUAUGGCGAACACUGUCUUCGUGCCCGAACGUCCUCUAGAAAUGGGAAGCGAAGCAAUUUCUCGGAACCACUUUGCCUGUGGUUGCAUGAAGAAGAUGCAGGAGGAGUCAAAGUAAGAAAAUGGGAAAACAUUGCCAUUCCUUUGCUUGCUCUAUUGUUUACUGGUAUCAUGAUGCUUCUCUUCCUCUACUGGUACUACAAACACAUGAGCGAGCAAGUUGAGAUGCCUUCAGCUUUGGAUUUUUCUAAGUACCAGCACCCAAAGGACCUGCUGAAAUUUGAUGAAAGGAAGUUGACCGAAAAAUGUCACCACUUUAUUCUGGAACUGAAAACCACACCUGCCCUGUUAACUCUUUCAGUGGAUUCUUUAUCAAAAGAAAGUGAGGAGAGCGAUGAGGAUGAUAGUAUUAGCCGCAUUCCUUACAUCGAAACUCUUCGAUUCCAGAAGAAGGAUGAAACCUGCUCAGCCGUUGGCACCUUUCCAACAUAUUCUGGCUCUUCUUCUGGAUCUGGAGAUUCUCAGUUAAGUGGAGAAAGCUGGCCAGAUGCAACAAUGUCAAAGCCCUCUUUCACAGCAGAAUGGAUGACAACGGAUGCUUCCUCCAGACUCUUAGAGAAGACUUUCCUUUCUGAGGGCUCCAUUAUGGAUGAAUCAGUUAGCUUUGCUGAUGACUUCUCAGCUGCUAGUAGAGAAGGUCAAGAAAUUACAAAUAGAGAUGCCGACUUUUUCAACCAGUUAAUGAUGUCAGAAAGUCACGACUUGCACUUUUCCACAGGUUUGGAAAUCAGAACUGGAGGAGUCCAACGCAGAAGCAUUUGUGCAAGUCUAGAAAACUCAGAGACGUCUCUUUGUAGUGAGCCUGAAGGGCAGGUUAUAGAAGAAUGGAGAUGUGAAAAUGACUCUUGCAAUUGUGAGGCUUUCCGGCUGGAAAAAUCUAUGCUUGAUGUGUCUUGUAAAGAUAGGGUUGAAAAUGGAGAACCGGUUGAAAACAAUACUCUGAAAUCUACUGGCCACAAUUAUCAACCCAGACAAGGACAUUACAUUUCAAGAACCUGAUGCCAAUUACUGGUAUGUAAUUCUAAGAGUAGAGAAGAUCUUACUCUGAUUUUUCUAAAAGAUCCUUUGGUGAGGGUUGCAUUUAAAAAUCCCAGAAGAAUUCUGUUUGGAAUCAGAAUGAACCAAAGAGGGCAGGUAUUAUAGUUACAUUCUGUUUCUAGUUUGCCAUAUUCUUCCAUUACAUCUUGUCUUUAAAAACCAAACCAAGCAAAACUGAACUUUCCUAAGUGAAAUUCCAUUGAGAUUGAAAACCGGAACAGUGGUUUUCAUUGGUGAUUUUGUCAUGGAAAUUAGAAUUUUCCUAUGGAGAAUUGGAAUUCCUGGAAAAGUGAGUGUUCUUUCCCAGUUGAGUGUUCAGCUUAAAAAUGUCUAUUAUAUUUUGGAUAGCCAUAUCCAUUUCUCCAUUUGUGAAUAGUUGGGUAUGUUUUCCCCAUCUAAAAUUGAUGGGGAAAACAGUGAAUUCCAAUCAGAUCCGUAACUAGCUAUUUACAGGUCUCUUUAGUGUCCACAAAUUGGUUUAAGCUUGCUGGGAUCAAGAAUUGAGAACAGAAAAUACAGAAGAUUCUUGUGGAACUGUUAAGCAUUGCAUUAUGUGAGCUAAUCUAGACUGGUGCUGUUCUUUUAAACUGAAAGGCCCAUUUUCUAGAAUUAAGGUAGAGAUAAAGAUAAUCUCUCCCUCUUUAGUGAAAGUUCUUUCAACCUCACACUAGGCCCUAAUAACCUUUUUUUCAUCAACUCAUUGCAAAGACAAGAAAAAAUAUCAGAUAUGCUCUUUAUUGUGCAAUUGUCUGCACACAGACUUGGAUCUAAGUUUAUACUGAAGUGAAGUACCAAUAAAGGAAAAUACUUGUAGCUCAGGGUUUGAAAUGAAGGGGUCCUUGGUGCUCCCUGAGCUUGUUUUUUUUUCCUUGCAGGCAUUUCAUCACCCAACUAGAUAACAUCAUCAGUGCAAGUGAUGAUGGUGCUGCUAGAUGCUAGUGAUGCUAUCACUGAUGAUGUUACCUAGUCUGGGCAAUGAAAUGCCUGCAAGAAAAAAGAAAAGCAAGCUCAGAGAGCACCAAGGACCCCCUAACUGUGAAGUAUUUCAAACGAAGAGCCACUUUCAGAUUCUAAAUAUUUUUAUAGAAUGUCUUUGUGUUACAUGCCUUCAUUUACAUCUCAUAUUGAGAUUGCCAUGUCGUGUCUCUCAUUGGUUGGGGCAAAAGAAUUCAUGGACGGUUGUAGUUCAGAGUUGAACGGUAGCUCUUUGGUGCCUUCUGAGUUGAUGAUUUUCUGCAGACAUUUCAUUACCAAACUAGGUAACAUCAUCAGUACUAGGGCUAGCAGUGAUGAUGUUACCAAGUUUGGUAAUGAAACACCUGCAAGAAAACAAACCAAGGUCAGAGAGCACCAAGGACCUCACAGCUAAGGGUCCACUUAACUGACUUCUUUGCAGAACAGGUUUUUAUUUAUUUAUGUAUUUAUUUAGAAAAUUUAUAAGGCUGCCCAGUCCACUCACUCUCAGUGGCUUACAAAAAAUAAAAGCCCCAUAUACAACAGCAAAAACAAUUUAUUUAUUUAUUUAUUUAUUCAUAUUUUUAUACCGCCCUUCUCCGAAGACUCAGGGCGGUGUACAGCCAAUAAAACGACAAAAAUCCCCCAAAAUUUAAAAUACACUAUCAAAUUUAAAAAACUGAUUCAAUCGCUGUAACAUUAAAAUAUUAGCUAAAAUUUAUCAAAACUAAAACCUAGGUUUACCCUAUAAAAAACCCACUAAAAUCCCCAUACUAAAAUCAAUCAGGCCAGCCCCGCUUGGUGAAAAAAGAAAGUCUUGAGCUCGCGCUUAAAGGUCCGGAGAUCAGGGAUCAAUUGCCACUUUUACAAUAAAAACAAAAGCCUCUUUGACAGGUUUACUGCCCUGUCAGAUUUAUAUGCCAAUUUUAAGUAAAUUAACUGAAUAUAAAAAUGUGAAUUGUUUUAGAGGCAGAAGGAGAGAUGAUUGGUGUUGUUUCUUUUCAAAACAAAAACUCCCUGCACAUCCUAAGCACAGGACUUUCCUUGUCAAACACUUCUGUUUUUUUCAGUACUCUCUUGACUGACUAUGGCAGAGGUCUCCAACCUUGGCAACUUUAGCUACCGGUUCGGGUGAAACGGUAGUUGAAAAAAGCUACCAGUUCCUCCAAACCGGUAUUUCUGACAAUCAGCUGUGCCGUGGGGUUUAGCUUGCUUUCUAGCUAAGCUAAAUCAUGCAGCACAGCUGAUCCCCCCACUCACUGUUCUACUUACCUUCCCAAGCUUCCUUUUGGUGCACAGCGCACAUCCGUGGCCAGCGAACCGGUAGCAAACCGGUUCAGAUUUCACCACUGAGUCAGAGGAUACCAGGUUGGAGAUAUGGCCCAUACGCACUUAUGGCAUUUUAACAGAGUUUACUUAAGGGAUUUUAUUGCAGUAAAAUUUUGCAUGCAAAUACCAGUAUGUAUUUCAACUAACUCUUGAACUUUUUUGACAGUAUUGGCUUGCUUCAAUGGAGCAAGUUUCUUCCUACACGAAUAGGCUGGCAACUAGCCUUUAUGUAUUAAAUGAGACAGUAUUAUUAAGUUAACGAAACCUAAGUUCGUUGAUAAAUACAGCUGUAACUAGAACUCUGCAUGGACUUUCCUAAUGUUGGGAUCGAGACAAGAGUACAAUCUAAAGCAGGGUUUCUCAAUCUUGGCCAUUUUAAGACUCCAACACUGGAGCUCCAACACUGGAAAACAAUCAUUUGUCUGAAAUGAAAGGGUUUCCUGCUUAAGCAGAAGGUUGCACUAGAACAGGGGUCUCCAACCUUGGCAACUUUAAGACUUGUGGACUUCAACUCUCAGAAUUCCUCAGCCAGCUUUGCUUUGCUUUGCUGGCUGAGGAAUUCUGGGAGUUGAAGUCCACAAGUCUUAAAGUUGCCAAGGUUGGAGACCCCUGCACUAGAAGACCUCCUACCUUUACCUAUUGAUUUUGAAGAAGGUAUUCAGUGGCAGAGGCUCCAUUAGGGGGAAAUUCAAAAAAAUUCAACAUAGUAUCCAUAACUGUAAACAAAGCCCUACCCUUUUUAUCUAGGUGCAAUGUAGGUGCUUCCAUAAAUUCCCUAAUUUCAUAUUUUGUGCUCAUGGAUAUAACUUGGUGAACAAACUGCCCAAAUUAAUUUUCUAAAAUGCAUUAAAAAGGCUCCUGCAUACUAAAGGCAGUUCUCUGAGCAGGUUGAUAUGAAAUAAAAGAGUCCUCAUAUUUUCAGUGAUUUAUUCUUGUACAUCUUUCUUGUUUAUGUAUACGCACUUCGGUUAAUUGUACUGUUUAUAAAUACGACUUUUAAAAUGCG